CUAUAAUAGCUAUUCUUUUUGUCCACGUUGAGCUUCCGUUGGUUGGUUUCCAUAGAGACCUUUUAUGGUGGAGGCGAACGAACUGCUAGCUCACAUAGCUACAGCGACAGAUGAGAAACCACAGCAUCAUCUGCUGUAAAAGAGCUGGCAGGUCAAAAUGUCCUUUAGAGACUUAAGAAAUUUCACAGAAAUGAUGAGGGCCCUGGGCUAUCCUCGGUUGAUAUCCAUGGAAAACUUCAGAACUCCAAAUUUCACAUUAGUGGCUGAAAUACUAAUAUGGCUUGUGAAGAGAUAUGAGCCUCAGAUGGAUAUUCCUGCUGAUGUAGAUACAGAGUCAGACAGAAUAUUCUUCAUCAAGGCUGUGGCCCAGUUUAUGGCAACUAAGGCUCACAUCAAGUUGAACACCAAACGCCUUUAUCAGGCCGAUGGCUACGCAGUGAAAGAGAUGCUGAAGAUCACUUCUGUGCUGUACAGCGCUAUGAAGACCAAACAGAUGGCCCUGGGAGAGCAAAAAGAGGAGGACAACAAGAAAUUCAAGUUCGACCUCGGCUCACGGAUUUCAGAUCUUAAAGUUGCUCGGCAGUUGGCAUCUGAAGUCACCUCUAAAGGAGCAUCGCUGUAUGAUCUACUGGGAAAAGAAGUGGACUUAAGGGAAAUGAGAACUGCGGCCAUCGCCAGACCUCUGGAAAUCAAUGAGACUGAAAAGGCCUUGAGAGCUGCCAUCAAGGAGGUUUUGGAAAGUGUGGAGAAGACCAAAGACAUGCUGAGUAAUGUUGUUUCUGAUGAAACCAGUCUGGACGCUAAGAUAGAAAAAAAGAAGCAGGAGCUGGAGAGGAAUCGUAAAAGACUCCAGACACUGCAGAGUGUCAGACCAGCUUUCAUGGAUGAAUAUGAAAAGAUCGAGGAAGAUCUGCAGAAGCAAUAUAAAACCUUUGUGGAAAAGUUCAGGAACCUCUGCUUUCUGGAAUCUCAGCUGGAUGAAUACCAUAGGCUGGAGCAGGAACGCUUUGAGGAGGCGGAAAACACAAUGAGGAUGAUGCAGAACGUAUUGAAGGAGGAGGAGAGGGAUCUGACAAAGAGCUCCUUAAAGGACGAUGAUUCUGACAUGGACGUGCCAGAAGACGAAGGUUCAGAUAGCGACGUGGAAGAGUGUCGACCUUCAAAGCCACGGCCCACACGGAACGGCAUCAUGACAGGAAGAGGAGCACGAUUCAUCGGUACCAUGCAGGGCGGUGAUAGUGAUGAGGAAAAAUCCAUUCUCUGAUGCCUUCAGGAUUGUUUACACCAUCAAAUCCGUCCCAUUGCUUAGUCCCUGUUGUAGUUGACUGAAGACAGCGAGAUUGAUGUGGACGAGGAGGAUGAGGAAGAUGAUGAAGGCGAGGAAGAGGAGAGCAAGGAUUUGGAGGACGACAGUCUUGAGGGCCCAGUGUCCAGGGGUGCUCGCCCUUCCAAGGGGGUCAUGAGACCACCUCUGCUGGAGGAGAGCGAUAAUGAUUUCUGAAUAAUUACAGAUGAGAUCCAGCUGUUUAUGCUUUCAGCUCAGAUAAACUAUCUAUUCGAUAAAGAUGUGCAUUAUUUAUUAUGUUCAAUCAUGUUGUUUUUGCAACAUAAGGAAUCACUAUAGGUCAAAUUUUUGUAAUAUUUGUGUAAACUUUAUACCUUAAUAAAAUAUAAAACAUGUAAUGUCAAUUCUCUUUCACAUGACUUUUAUGAUAACAGAAUACAUUUCUAUUCGUUUAAGAGUCAGUCAUAUAUUGGAGCUCAGUAUUUUGGUUUUAUGAAAUGUUGGUUAAUCAGUAACUACUGAAUUACUUUUAGUUGACAAUAUGUUUUAAAAUGAUGCUGAAGGCUUUAUAAAAGCACUUCAUUGUUAGAUUUUGAAUUUGAAUGGGAUACCAGACCUAAAUAACGGACCCUGUUAAUACAAUGAGUUAAAAUGUGUUCAGACAUAUGUUGUUUAAAUAUAUUUUUUGCUUUAGGUGUUUUUAAUGUGGCACCAAUAAUGCCUUGUUUUAUUUGAUUUAAGUUUAAUGUUCCUAAUUGGAAGAAAUUCACUUUUUUGACAUUUAGAUCCACAUUCUACACUCUAUACCUGCGUAGUAUUGUUCGAAAAGCUACUGUUGCAGUAAAAGUACAAUGUUUUACUCAUAAUAUAGUGCAGUUAACAUUUCUUUGUUCUCAAAACAUGUGGUUUCACCUCUUGGUUGAGAGUCAUCUGCAUCUUUGAUAUGUAACCAUAGGAGACCCUGCGUCAUCAGAGUGCGCACAGGUUUCAGAAAAGGAGGUGGCAGAUGCCUCUUCGAAACAACACUCAACUGUCGUCUACUUAGCAGCGGUUUUUCAUCUCGUACUGCUAAAGAGCAGCUGUUGGGAUGCCAAAGAAGUUCCAGGGCGAGAACUCCAAGGCGGCCACAGCUAAAGCCCGCAAGGCUGAGGCCAAGGCAGAGGCAGACGCCCGCAAGAAGCAGCAGGAAGAGGAUGCUCUGUGGCAGGAGACAGACAAACAUGUUCUGAAGAAAGGGCAGAGAAAGG